AUGCAGCAGCUCUCCAGUUUCAAUUCUCCCUCAUCUCCUUCUGCCUCUUCGAAUCGCUCUGUCGCAGAUUCAGUCAGCCAGGAAGAGGAGGGUCCAACCCAAAAUCGACAACAACACCACUCUUUUGCUACUACCUCUGCUCAGGCUGAUGUACCCACAUUUGCGACUUCAACCAUAGCCACAAGCAGCACUACUAACACUGAGGUCGAUACCAGCGCUUCACUUUUUGCGGCCGCGAACAACGCAGUUGGGAGAGCUUACGACAGAGUUGCAGCAUCUGGCAGGACCGCCCACGACUACCGUCGAACAUCAGAAGUACCAGCAUGGAGGCAGGACCUUAGCAUACCCAACUUGGCCUCCAUCGUGCCCUUAUCUGACUUGGCCAACUCUUUCUCGGCAGCCUCGACCACUGGCGCUAUUCACCAGUCGAGUCUAUCUACAGCGGGUAGUCCGCGAGGUCCUAGCGCCUCGACGCGAGGGCUCCCAUCGAGUCCAAUUCCAUCGAAGCGUCCCUCUGCCCCGGCAAGAGGUGAACCGGUCAUGCACCCAUCGCCCAUUAAGAAAGCCCGCACUGGGGCAUCGCCGCCUCGCAAAGUCGAACUUCCUAACAAAACCACUGGCCUUGAUCCCUCAGCACGUGGAAAGCAACAAGGACCUCUCUCGCCCCUCUUUUUCUCCCACACGCCGGCAAGGCACGUCCAUCGUCCAGCCAGCUUUCCUGCAACCGAGCCUUCUGUCUCUAUGCUUUCGCGCAUGCGAGAAGACCCGGCGGGUGGUGUGACAACGUUGAAGCUGCCCCGUGCAAGUGUCAAUUCUGUGAAUCCUGGUAGAUCAGAGAGCACGCCUGGGAGCUGGGGCUCGUCAAUGGAUGUUCCUACUCACAGUGCAACUCCAGAUAGUCGCAGUCUACCGCCUGGGCUGCAGAUGCUUCAAGGUAUUGGAGUAAUCGAGUUUUUGGAGCAGGAUGAGAGGCCCACAUUCUUAAUAGAUCUGGAUAAUUCCGCCAACACUGGUCGUGCUGGCUUACAUAUCCUAUACUACAAUGCAUCUCUGCGUGGAGCACACGAAGUGCUACAGUACUUAUCCGUGGACCAGGAGGAUACUAGCACAGACACUGAUUUUGGUCGAUUCAAGUCCUGGAUUAUGACACCACUUAAAGGUCGCGCAGUGAACGACGGUUCGUCUACUCAUUUCUACGCUGGUAUCACUUGGACGUUCUCGACACUGCGACGGAGAUUCCGCUUCAUCAGCGCCCAUGCCAGCUUUUCCACUCCUCGACCCAGUUCGUCGCUACCACUUAUCGACGAGACAGCCGAUUCAGAAACACGGAGUGUUGGACAAUCGCCGCGGAUGCCAGUCACCCCUGAUGCUGAGCUCGUCGAUGCGCCUGACUAUUUUGGUGAUGCUGAACCUCUCGAUGCUAAUUUCGAUAGCCGUCAUGGAGACGUUGAUGCAAUUAUGGAGGGAUGUGAACCAAGGCUACAUCCCGAUGCUUUCACCAAUCAAGUCUUCCAGUCGCAACCUGCACCUAGGUCAAUAUUCGAUUGGACCAGAAUACCCAUGUCGGAUUCGCUUCCUCCUCACAUCAAGUUUGCCCGUUCUGUAGAUUGGGCGUCGACUCCCCUAGGACCCAUCGAGGAUUGGCCCGCUGACCUCAGAUCCAUGUCUAAUCUCAUCAUGGGCAGCCCACACCCCGCUGCAAUGUACUGGGGUCCCCAGUUUGUGAUUAUCUACAACGAAGCUUAUUUGGACCUGGCUGGACAAAAGCAUCCCAAGCUGAUGGGAGCUUGUUAUAUGGAUGCUUGGCCUGAGAUUUGGGACGAAAUCAAGCCUGUGUUUAAGAGUGCACUGGAAUCUGGCCAAGCGACCAUGAAGCAUGAAAAUCAACUGUUCAUCAAUCGACAUGGCUUUCUAGAAGAAUCCUUCUUCUCCUGGUCUAUCGUUCCGCUGGUAGACGGCAACGGCGAGAUCAUGGGACUUUACAAUCCGGCCUUCGAAAACACUCGCAGGCGAGUCAACGAGAGGAGAAUGCUCAUGCUUCGCGAGAUUGGCGAAAGAACAGCAGCGGCUACCACUGUUUCCGGGUUCUGGCCCCAGGUGCAGAAGGGACUAGAAUUUAACGAAUUUGAUGUGCCCUUUGCCUUGAUUUAUUCAGCCAAGGAGGACACUGAGAGCGAAGUUUCGUCGUUACACUCCGGCAGUUUGAUUCAUUCACCACAGUUGGUCCUUGAAGGAAGUCUGGGAACCCCCGAAAACCAUCCGGCAGCGCUUUCACACCUCGACAUGCGGCAAUCCGACGACGGUUUCGCACCGUAUAUGCGCCAGUCAAUGGCUGCAGGCGGCGUUCCAAUCGUCCUCUCUGAAGAAAACGGCAACCUCCCUACGCAUCUGAUCGAAGGUCUCCACUGGAGAGGUUUUGGCGAUCCUUCGAAAACACUCGUAGUUUUCCCUGUCAUUCCAACUACUACAGGUGAAUCUGUCAUUGGAUUCAUUGUCAUGGGUGUCAACCCUCGCCGACCGUACGAUGACGACUACAAACUAUUCAUCCACCUUUUGUCUCGUCAGCUAGCCACAUCGAUGGCGUCGGUGGUAUUGUUUGAGGAGGAAAUCAAGCGCGGCCAGAGAGCUGCUCGCCUCGCUGCACUUGACCGUCAAGAGCUUUCGAUGCAACUUUACUUGCGUACACAAGAAGCCGUGGAAAGCGAGUACAGAUUCACCAGAAUGGCUGAGUUUGCUCCGGUGGGUAUGUUCAUUGCCAACUUCGCAGGCAAAAUCAACUACUGCAAUGACAUGUGGUGGCAGAUUUCCAGACACUCCAGAUCCGAAGAUUCGGUCGACACUUGGAUGGACAGCGUUCGAAAUGAAGAUAGAUUGGCGCUGGAAGAGGCAUGGGAUAGGUUGCUCAGGGAAAAGGUCACGAUUUCCGUGGAGUUCCGCUUCAAGUGCAGUCAACAGAGCGAUGGAAAUACGAUCGACACAUGGGUUCUCAUGAGCGCAUAUCCGGAGAAGAACCAGGAAGGAAACUUGAAGCUGAUUUUUGGCUGCAUCACUGACAUCUCAUCUCAAAAGUGGGCCGAGAAGGUACAGAAUGAGCGACGCGAAGAAGCAGUCGAGAUGAAGCGACAACAGGAGAACUUCAUCGAUAUCACGAGUCACGAAAUGCGGAAUCCUUUGUCUGCAAUUCUACAAUGUGCCGAUCAAAUUGCAAACAACAUCACGGUUUUCGAUUCGCACACGAACAAGGCAGAAGUGGAGAACCUGUUGGAUGGGUGUCUCGAUGCUGCCAACACGAUCAAUUUGUGUGCAAGCCACCAGAAGCGUAUUGUUGAUGACAUUCUAACCUUGUCCAAAUUGGACUCGAAUCUGUUGGCUGUCACACCUAUCGACGAACAGCCCGUCAGAGUUGUGCAACGUGCUUUAAAGAUGUUUGAGUCGGAACUGGUUGCUCACGAUAUCGAAUUCGAGUUCAAUGUGGACAAGAGCUUUGACGACUACAGUAUCAAAUGGGUAAAGCUCGAUCCAUCAAGAUUACGACAGGUUCUGAUCAACCUCAUGACGAAUGCUAUCAAGUUCACGCAGGGUCGCGAGAAAAGGGCCAUUUCUGUCACCCUUAGCGCUUCCAAGAAGGUAUCUGAGGCGACCAAAAAGGGCAUCACAUACUUCGAUAAAGUUGACCAACAGCGCGCUUCGGCUACGGAUAUCAACAACGUCGAAGAGUGGGGUCAUGGCGAGGAAAUCAACAUUCACUGCACAGUCGAGGAUACCGGUCCAGGUCUAAUUGAGGACGAAAUGAAGCUUCUAUUCCAACGAUUCCAGCAGGCAACUCCACGAACGCAUGUUCAAUAUGGUGGUUCGGGAUUGGGUCUUUUCAUUUCUCGUAUCUUGACAGAGAUGCAGGGCGGUCAGAUUGGUGUUACAUCCCGACGCGACAUUGGCAGCAGCUUCAGCUUCUACAUCAAGUGUCGACGUUCCCUUGCUCCCCCUCCCGACUUUGAGGAGAUUACACCUUUCAAGAUUCCUCGAAAAUCACAUGCUCCAGGCAUUCCGCAGAAGCCUGCACCCAACCGUAAAGCUUCUAAGGCGGCGGCUGCGGCUGCAGCAGCGAGUCAAGAUACGAAUCAGUUAUUCGAUGUGUUGAUUGUAGAAGACAACAUCGUGAAUCAAAAGGUUCUCCAGCGACAGCUACGGAACUGUGGCAACAACACAUUCGUCGCCAACCAUGGCAAAGAGGCCCUGCAAACCCUUGAGCGAUCAAGGUUUUGGGCAGGAAAGGAAGCCGAGGGCGUUGAUAUCUCUGUCAUUCUGAUGGAUUUGGAAAUGCCUGUCAUGGAUGGAAUGACCUGUGCUCGAAGAAUUCGAGAGUUGGAACGAGAGGGGACGAUUGUACAGCACAUACCCAUUAUUGCAGUAACGGCUUAUGCUCGACCGGAACAGAUUGAGAGUGCAAAGGCCGCGGGAAUUGACGAUGUCAUUUCCAAGCCUUUCCGAAUUCCUGAGCUUUUGCCCAAGAUCGAGGAGCUUGUUGGCAAAUACAAGAAUCUUUCGGUGUCCAACUGA